CUUUUACUCAUCUCUUUCUUUAUUAAUCAUCCUUUCAUCGCCGGCUUUGCUUAUAAGAAGCCUAUUGCAGAUAAACCGCAAGCUCUAAUAACGUCGACAGAAUCUACAAUUGGAGACAUUAGCAUCAUGACGGCUGCAUACUCGAUUCUUCCUUCAGAGAUCGACUUUCAGGAGUAUUCGUUCGAAUUCGAAGACUUUGUCAAAACAGAAGUUGGAUUGGAUAUCACUAAUUUGGCAAAGAAGAAUGGAGAAACGGGGGAUAAUAUUUGUAGAUUCUUUUUGAAAGGACAUUGUUCAAAAGGAAACAACUGUCAAUUCCGUCAUGUCAGGACAGACCCUUCUAAAGCAGUCGUUUGUAAACAUUGGCUUCGAGCAUUGUGUAAAAAGGGAGACAAUUGUGAGUUCUUGCACGAAUAUAACCUGCGCAAAAUGCCUGAAUGUUGGUUUUAUAGCAAGUAUGGAGAAUGUAACAAUGGCGCGGAAUGUAUUUAUCUUCACAUUGAUCCUGAGAGCAAGAUCAAGGAUUGUCCAUGGUAUGCACGAGGAUUUUGUAAGCACGGACCUAACUGUAGGCACAAGCAUACGCGGAAAGUUAUUUGUCAAAACUACGUCACAGGAUGGUGUCCACAAGGACCUAAUUGCCCCAAUGGACAUCCGAAGUACGAACUUCCGCCACCAAAUUGGGAUGAUGGCCAAGGCUCAAGACCAAUGCAGGACCGAACACAUGGAGAGUCAUCACGACCGGAUGGAGAGACCCCUACAUAUCGAAAUGUCGAGGACGUUACUUGCUUCAAGUGUCAACAAAAAGGACAUUACGCAAACAAAUGCCCACAAGGAAGACAACAGUACGACAUGAUGUAGCUGAACAGACAGCUUAUUCUAAUGAAGUUUUUGUAGAUUAUUCGUAAUCAUUAUAAUAGAGUAGUUCAAUAUUGUGUAUUUCAUUAUAGUCUUUAAAGAAAGUGACAACCAGUUGUUCCUUCAAAUAUACAAACGAACAAAUAAAGCAAUCUGGAC